AUGGCCUUCCUCUGGUUUCUCUCCUGCUUCAUCCUCAUCGGGGCCUCCUAUGGCUCUGAGGCCCCUGCCAGCGAACCAGAGCUGAGCAUUAAACCAAGGAUCAUCAAUGGUGUGGGGGCUCGUCCUGGCUCCUCCCCCUGGCAUGUGUCUCUGGAGUCUCCCUCUGGAGGACUCCUCUGCGGGGGCUCCCUGAUCAGCCGGAACUGGGUGAUCACCGCCGCCCACUGCCCUGUCAUGACCUCUGACUGGGUCGUGGCUGGGAUGUUUGACAGACGUGCAUAUGGGAAUAAAAUCCAAUACCUAAGGAUUGCCCAGAUUUUUAAGCACCCUGAGUACCACCACAGCACUUUCUACGGUGACAUCUCCCUGUUGAAGCUCGCAACCCCCGCUGACUUCCACCGCUUAGUGUCCCCUAUUGCCCUGCCCAAUGUUGAUGACAGGUUCUCUGUCAGUUCCCAGUGCAAAAUUAUGGGCUGGGGGCUUACCCACCCUAAUGAAACCAAGAAACCUGACAAGCUGCAGGAGGCCACCGUGCCCCUCCUGACUUUUGAGGAGUGCAAGAAGCACUGGGGCCCUCAGAUCACCUAUGACAUGAUCUGUGUCGGGGGCAACGGCGUCUGCUCCUACCUUGGUGAUGUUGGUGGCUCCCUGGCCUGCAAGAAGAAUGGAGUCUGGACUCUUGUAGGCAUCAUACUUUAUGGCAGCAAAUCCUGCCCCACUGGACGUCCUAUGGUGGCCCUCAGUGUGCGUAAUUUCCAGCCGUGGAUUAAAAGUAUGGUGGCUCACCACUGAGCCCUCAUCCUCCCAUCCCGGCGCCCUUUGACCCCAA